AUGCAACCAGAGCAACAAGAGCCAUCAAACUCGACACCUGUCGUUAAUGUGAAUGAUUCAACUGGCGCAACUAUCAGCCAGGAUGGCUUUGAUUCUGCUCCGCUGUCGACUAGGUCAUCGUUCUCAUUUAACUAUAGAGCAGCCUCCACUCCAGCCACGGGCGCACAAACCCCAGACCCGCUAUUGGGACCUAAACCUGUUAACAGUGAGGAUCUUCUGAAGAAGCUACCGACCACGGUCGCCCAGGCAGCUGGCAGCGGAGAUGAGUAUGAGCUAGAGGAGAGGAGAGGCCGACUCGCAGACAACGGUGGAUUGCAUAAUCGGAAGCCAUCUGCCAUCCGCGGCCGUGAUCUGGCAGAUGAGUCGGCAUCGCCGCCUCCCAAGCCGUCGCAAGGGCGUCCUCCUGAGAUAGCGAGUCUUACAGCAGAGAUUCUUCUCGUCCUUGUUUGUUCUGCAGGUCUAAUGCUCUUCUCAUUCUUGCUAGGGAAUAUGUUAGUAGUGCAACUCGAGCUUAAAAAGGCUCUAGGUAUCGGGAAUACCUCGCUCCCAUGGCUCGUCGGCGCUUAUGCUUGCUCCAACGGAGUCUCAGUCGUCGUUUCGGGCUCCCUGCUGGAUUUGACGCCCCCUCGGAUCGCCAUUGUCGGCGCAUUUGCAUGGCUUACCCUCUGGAAUAUUGUGGGAGCCUUUUCUCUUGAUCCCUCGCGGGAGGUCUUGUUUUUUAUUGUGAGAGCAAUGCAAGGACUCGCCAUUGGUGUCUUGGUCUCAGGGUCAAUGAGUGUUCUUGGACGCCUCUAUAGCCCUGGUAUUCGCAAGAAUCGCGUCUUUGCUGCCAUCAGCGCUACCGCUCCGCUGGGCUUCAGCUUAGGGGCUAUUGAAGGCGGCCUUCUCCACGGAAACCUUCCUUGGAUCUUCGGUGUGAAUGCCAUUAUCACUGGGCUGUGUGCCGUCGCUUCGUUCUUCUCGAUUCCUGCUCUUCGCCCAGUCGCCGAUACAGAAGGUGCAGAAGCGCCAUCUCUGCGCCAGUUUGACUAUAUCGGGGCUUUGUUUGCCGUUGCGGGCUGUGUCUGUCUCCUUUUCGGCUUAACCCAAGGGUCAGUCACGGAGUGGUCGGUAUACACUUGUGUUCUUGUUGCGCUAGGUAUUGUCUUUCUGAUUUGCCUAUUCAUCGCGGAACGAUAUGUGGCACGGCCGUUAAUUCCCAGUCGCUUAUGGCGGACGAAGGGGUUUACUCCACUUAUGAUUGCCUACUUUCUAGGCUUCGGCUCAUUUUUUGGCGCGUGGCAGUUCUACGCCAUCCAGUUUUGGCUGAGAAUUCAGCAUGCUACGCCGAUUGCAGUGGCAUUGUACAAUAUCCCUAAUGCGGUUGUCGGUAUCGUCGCCACUUUCAUCGUCAGUCGCAUCCUGCAUUUGGUUCCCGGUCAUUAUAUCUAUAUCGUUUCCAUGUUUGCCUUUACCCUCGGGCCAGCCUUCUUCCUUCCGCAAACUGCAAACACAACGUAUUGGGCCCUGUCUUUUCCCGGAGUAGCCCUCGUGACAUUUGGACCGGAUAUGGCUUUCGCAGCUGCCUCUAUCUUCAUUACGAGCAAUGUGCCUCGAUCAUAUCAAGGAAGCGCAGCGAGUCUGUUGGUGACGAACCAGAAUCUCUCCUCCGCAAUUAUUACCAGUAUCGCGGAUGCAAUCGGGACAAAGGUUGAUCAGGGCCCAGGUGGUGAUAUUGGCCUGACUGGGCUUCGGGCUAUUUGGUGGUUUGCAUUGGCAUGUCAGUUGCUAGCUGCGCUGGUGACAGUUGUCUGGGUGAGAAUUCCAAAGGAGGAGGAGAAGGAGCAUGUUACUUGA